AUGUGCCUAUAUGGCGAUUUUUUCGAGACGAGCUACCCACCGGGGGUGUCGGCGGCCGAGCCAGGAAGGCUUGGCGCGCCCUCGCGCACACCUUCCUCGAUCGUCCAGCCGAGCGAAGCUCCCAAGAUGAGCGCUACGAACUGUAUAGCCCUACCCGGCUCCAAGGCCCAUUUCCAAUCGGCCGACCGAACCACACAGUCCACCAUCCUCCGCCUGCCGCGCGAGCUCCGAGACCUCAUAUACGAGCACUACACCCGAAUCGACGGCGGUUACACAUACGACUAUGCGUCGAACAAGAUUCGGGAAGCCGACGGAAGCCCAGUCUCCAUCGCGCUCAUGCUGUCUUGUCGUCAAAUUGCUUCAGAGCUUCGAGGCCUUGCCUUCGGCCUUAAUCCGAUCACGUUCUCUACAUACGUCUCGGAGGCAACACGGCAAAAUGCGGGCAUCUUCCACGAUACCGUGAGCAGCAUCUCGAUUCGAAAACGACUAUUGACACGGCAUUUGAUAGCGCGCCUGCUCACAGAAGACAUGGUACAGGAAGCUAGUCACGCGUUCCCGCAAUUUGCACCACUCUUUGACGGAUGGCAGCCUGGAAGCCAGAUCGAUGCUCUGCUCAAGCUGGACUUUACCGGUGGUGAAGCCCCUUCUGUAUGGGACGACUUUAUCCAACUUAUGUUGGCUUUACUGUCAAAGCAUCCUAGCUUUUUCGAAGUAGCGAAAGCGACUAAUCCUUACUGGGCGCAGCCGGAAGACUGUAAUGUAUUUGAGCUGCAGGACGCUCACCCCGAGCCCUGGGCAAUACCCGAAUCCAUCGAACUGCAACGACUUGUGGACAUCGUCGAACUCGAGCCUCAAGAGCCGAAAUCUGAGACUCGACCCGCGAACAAAUACGCAAAGUCAUCCUCCUUGAAGAGCGCCCGUCUGUUGCACGUCCACAAUGCCAUGGACGAGGCUUGA